AUGGCUGCCGCUGGAGCGGUGGCCCAAUCAACUGUUGAUCUCUCCAAUCUCCCGGCUUUCUUGAAGUCUAGCUCAAGUACCAACUGGCCAACCCUUCUGGCCAUUGGCCAGCAGAUCUGGAACGACCCAGAAGUUGGCCUCAACGAAACUCACGCACAUGGCCGCAUCGUCAACUACUUUUCUUCACUACCAGGCUGGACGGUGUCAGGAUCGGCUUACACUGGUCUCCCUACAGCUUUCCGAGCCGAGUUCGAUAACCGGCCGUCUGGUUUCACAGGCACUCUGCCAACUGUUGGGUUCUUGGCCGAGUUUGAUGCUCUGGUGGGCAUAGGCCAUGCCUGUGGUCACAAUCUCAUUGCUCUCAAUGGCAUCUCAGCAGCCAAGUUUGCUAGCGAUGCUCUGGUACACUACAACAUCCCUGGCCGCGUGAUCCUUGUCGGGACUCCCGACGAGGAGAACGCGGCAGGCAAGUUCAAGCUCAACAACUUGGACGCUUUUGCUGAUUCAGAUGUCUGGCUGAUGGCACAUCCUACUACGACGAGCGCUAUUCAGCCGAUGAACGCCCGCCUCAACUACUUUGCCACCUUCAUUGGCAGCACACACUCCGAGGCUGUUGGAAAGGCCUACAACGCAAUGAGUAUUGUACAGAAUCUGACUGGCCUGCCGGGAACCAGUUCAAGCGCCAUUAGCAUUGAGAACGUUGGUGUCUACGCGACCAACAUUGUGCAGACCGCUAUCGACCUUGGCGUGGCCGGCCUGAGUCUCGCGACAGUUAAUAGCACUGUUGCCAGCAUCCUCGAUUCGAGUUAUCCCAACGUCACCUUCGAAGCUACCACUGAUGCCAACGGUGUAGCAAUUACGAUGAAUGGCCCCGGAGGCCAUGCUUCAGAGGCGAGCAAAGGUCCCUUGACGCUGUCAAUUAACACAUACAACGCCCUCAAGAACACGCCUGGAGUCUCCUUUUACCUGCCCAGCAACACCUCUAUCAAUGAGCUCGAUAUUACGAUUGACAUGCGCACCCGCUACACCAGCGACUUGAACUCCGUGGCCAACUUCGUCAGCGCUGCUCUCGGCACUCUUCCCAAGAGCAUCUCCCACGAUGUCCAGUAUCCAUCUCUGGAAGUGGAUCCAUACCUCGGACAGGCUUUUAUCGACUUGACUCAGACCGCUGAUUAUCCAUUGGCCAAGUUUAACUUCAGUACAUUUGCUCCCGCCUCCACAGAUGCCUCGUGGGUGCAGGACCCUGUGCUCGAUCCUGUCACACGCAACUUGACCAGCGCGGCCAAGGCGGUGCUCCACGCAAACUACGGCAUCUGCCCCAAUCUGUCCGGAGCCGGUUGCGCGUUUAACCAUGAGCCGCUGUUCAAGGCCCUGGCCAACACGGAUUUGGCAUACUCUCAGACCGAGAUCGUGGCUAGGGCAGAGGCUCAGAUUGCUGUCCAGCUGCUGGCUGAUCCGUCUGAAAUGAGUAAAGCGACUGCCAUUCUGUCGAAAUAG